AGUUUUGUGUGACGUCACAAGAGUCAAUCUGAGACAUUAUAAUCGUUCCAGGUUCCUCGCGUUUAAUCAGCGGUAAAUUUUAGUACGUUUUUUCCGAUUGACGUACCCAGCUGUUAGUGAAGGCAAUAAUUCAACAACAUGUCGCUUUAUAACUUUAAAAAGAUAACCGUUGUGCCGAGCUCCAAGGGUUUCAUUGAUAUCACACUAUCGAAGACGCAGAGAAAAACACCGACAGUCAUUCAUAAAAGCUACCACAUAAGUCGAAUCCGUUCGUUUUAUGUCAGAAAAGUAAAAUUCACGCAACAGAACUACCACGACCGACUUGCAACUAUACUGACAGAGUUUCCUAAACUUGAGGAUGUCCACCCUUUCUAUGCUGAUCUGAUGAAUGUCCUCUAUGAUAAAGACCAUUAUAAAUUAGCUUUGGGACAAAUCAACACUGCCAAACAUUUGAUUGACAAUGUGGGUCGAGACUACACACGUUUGAUGAAAUAUGGAGAUUCAUUAUAUCGAUGUAAGAUGCUGAAGCGAGCUGCCCUUGGUAGAAUGUGUACUAUCAUGAAACGACAAAAACAAACUUUGGAAUAUUUGGAAGAGGUUCGACAACACAUGUCAAGGUUACCAAGCAUUGACCCAAACACAAGAACAAUUCUCAUAAGUGGUUUCCCAAAUGUUGGAAAGUCAAGCUUCAUUAACAAGAUAACAAGAGCUGAAGUAGAGGUUCAGCCUUAUGCUUUCACCACUAAAUCUCUGUUUGUUGGUCACAUGGAUUACAGAUAUUUACGCUGGCAGGUGAUAGAUACACCAGGGAUCCUGGAUCAACCUCUGGAGGAUAGGAACACAAUUGAGAUGUUAUCAGUUACUGCGCUUGCUCAUUUACGCUCGGCUGUCGUUUAUGUGAUGGAUAUAUCGGAGCAAUGUGGGGAAUCCCUCGAAUCGCAACUCAGUUUGUUCAACAACAUUAGGCCUUUGUUCAACAACAAACCAUUGUUUGUGAUGGCGAAUAAGAUUGACGUUAUGAGCAAGGAUGACUUAUCGGACGAACAUAAGAAAAUAUUUGAGGAUUUGGAAACUGAAGGGAUUCCAAUAUUCUGGACCAGUACAGUAACUGGUGAAGGAAUCAUGGAAUUACGACAGGCAGCUUGUGAUAAGCUCUUGCUCCAUCGUGUGGAGACAAAAAUGAAGGGGAAAAAAGUGGAAGGUGUGAUGAACAGGUUGAGGGUUGCCAAUCCUGUGCUUAGAGAUGAAAAGGCACGGCCAGCAUUUAUUCCUGAAGCUGUGCUCAAGAAGCGCGCUGCUAUGAAGACAGUGGAGAGCGCCACCGUGUGUGAGGAUGGAUCCGUUGCCAUGGAGACUGAGGAGCGGAGGAAAACAGAGCGCGAUCUAGAAGUGGAGAUGGAUGAUGAAUAUGUGCUCGAUCUUCAGAAAUGGUGGGACCUCAAGGAUCCAAGUGAACGUCAUGACACACUUCCCGAGAUAUGGAAGGGACACAACGUGUCGGAUUACAUCGACCCUGAGAUCUUUACAAGACUUGAAAAGUUGGAGCAUGAAGAGGAACUCAAGGAGAAGGCUGGUUUCUAUGACAACGAGGAGGAAUCAGAAGACGAAGAGAUGAAAGAGAUUCGACAAAUGGCUGCAAAGAUUCGCGAGAAGAAAGCAAUUCGAUUGGCCAAUAGUCACCUUGUUAGAAAGGUUAAAAAGGCAAAACUUCCCGGAAAAACUGCAGCUGAGAAUCGAACCCCAAGCAAGAUGAUGAAUGAUCUUGGAGAGCUUGGAGUCGACCUUUCAACAAUGGAAGGGGGACACUUCCGCUCUCGUAGCAAAACCAGGAAAGCACUCAAGCGGAAACGAGAUGUUUCCAUGGAUACGACAUCUGUUGCUAGGUCAUCGUCAAGGGCUCGCAGCCAAUCGCGACCAAGGGAUGAAAGUGGUCUACGUGAUACAGCAAUGGUGCAGAAAGCUCGCAAGCUUGCCAAGAUAUCCCAGCGUAAGAUAAUCCAGAUGGGUAAGGCAGGAGAGUCAGAUCGACACAUUCCAGUUGCCAAACCUCGCCAUCUCAACACUGGAAAGCGAGGAAUUGGGAAAACACAACGUCGUUAAUCAGGAUGCAUGUUCUUUGUGGAAUAAACAGAUAUCGGUGGAUUUUGUGGUUUAAGUAAAUUAGGAUUCCAGUGAAUUUUAUUGUGAGUUCCUAUGUUGAGGCACGCUAGGUAAAGUGGAAUAAACAGAUAUCGGUGGA